CUCUCUCUCUCUCUCUCCAUCUGAACCAACAUGAUAUAGAUAGAUAUUUUAAAAGUAUUUGUGAUGUUGCACCAUAUCACUGUGGUUUAGUCUAAUCUAAUUUCUUAUUCAUUCUAAUCAUGCAUAAAGAUAAUCAACGAUGUUCCAAUGAAUUGUUCUUCAAGUUGGUAAGCGUCUUGCUCACAUUAUUGAAUCUCACACUCUUUUUUAUUUACUAAGUAUAUAAUCAUGCAUAGAGAUAAUAAACGAUGUUCCAAUGGGUUGAUGUUCUAGCAUUAUAAGCGUCUCACUCAGGAUAGCUUAUCAACACUAUCUAUGUGUGGGAGUCUUGAAAGAGUGCAUAGUGGUAUAUUGCUUUCGUGCCUACAUCCAACACUCAAUUUCAAUCAAUUUCUUUUGGAGCUAAUGUAGUACAUGAUUUAACCCCCUCAUUAUGGUUAAGAGAUAGCAAAAGUGGUAUGUAUUCUUUCUUUCUUUUUUUUUUUGUAACAUGGUAUGUAUUCUUAUUUAUUCAUAUUUUUGACCAAUUAUUAUGGUCAAGAAGUUCUACCGAUAUUAUAUGUAAUAUGUUUAUUUACUUAAGGAAAAGCAUUGUACUGAUUAUCUAGCCAUCACGGAAUGCCUAACAUGUGUGGAAAAAGAAGAAGUGAACUUGCAUGUUUUAUCAAAACAUAUGUCAUAGAAAUUCAUAACUAUUCUUCUAAACUUAAAAAUAAAUUCUACCACAAUAUCCAAUUGGUUUCCACAUGAGUCAAUAUUGUUUCAUAAUCUUUAAAUAUCUCCGACAAGGGGAUAACACUAAGAAACAAAAAAAAAAAGACUUUUCAAUUUGUAGUGCUUUUUUUUAAACUAUACAUAGUUCAUAAAUCAUCAUCAUUUUUGGACAUAAAUUAUCAAUUUGGCCAUGUUCUUUCACAUGAGAUACACGCCAGCUAAGUUGCAUAUGCUUUUUAUGUUAAGAACUUUGAUUUUAGAAAUAAUAGUUGUUUUCAUUGUGAGUGAUAGUAAUUUAAUGGGUAUAGUGGUCAAAAUGUGGGCAAGCUUCUUCCUAGUUUCUUGAGGUAUACGUGGAAUUGGAAACACUCCUACAGGAGGACAGCCAAGAUACAUCAUGUGGUUAAUUGUCAGUAAGUUUCCUUAUAUGUCACACUAUCUUAAAUCACUUCGAAAUCCAACUAGAGCAAGCCUAUAAAAUAACUAAUUCUUAAAGAUAGAUAUGAAAUUUGGAAACUCUUACUGAUUAUUUUAGUUAGAGAUCAAAUUUUAAACAUAUAGUUUUAAAAUUUUCUAACAAAAAAAAACUAUAAUCAAUGAUCAUUCAAGCAAGUUGAAGGGGAAACGAGAAUCUAAAAAAUAGCUUAUACGUCGAGGUUUUUAGCUUUGCAUUUUUCUCAUUUUUGGCUUCCGAGCUUUGCCUAUAUCUUUGUCAAGAAGCCCUAUUUUUCUCAGAUUUAUCUGUUCUCUCUAACAUUUGCAGAAAUCGACUAUGACGAGCUCAUCAUCAGUCGUUGCCAGGUUAGCUACUUAGUCUUCAUCGACUUUGUCUUUUUCUGUAUUAUCUCUUUGGACUGAUGAUACACCACAAUCCACAACACAAGGGAAAGAUCAAAAUAACCAUCUCACCUGAACCAGACAAAGACGGUUUAACUCCGAUAGCAGAAUCUUUAGCCGUUGUGAAGAAUAUUCAAACAUUAUGAAUGGUACCUGCUGAGGUUACAUAUAAAGCAAGUAAUCUAUUGAUUCUUAGAAUGUUUAAAAGACUUGCUUUCUUGAAUUUUUGAGAGUCUAACUCUAUCUUUAAACAAGGUUAAAAAAAACAAAAAAAAAAAUCUCUGUGUUUUAUAAAUUCCCAAAACAAGUAUUAAAGCCCAUAAUAACACGAAUGUAAAGGGAGUGCUAGUAGGCAGUAGCCACCUUUUUGAUUACCAAAAAGAAAAAAAGAAAAGCCCAUAAUAACUGUAUCACAUACGUGAACCCUCCUAACUCUAACGUGACGGCACAGGAGACGUGAUCUACUUGUCAAGAUGCGCUGCAUCAAUGAAUCCUCUGACGAUGAAGAUCCAAUUUUGAACGAAGAGUACGCUUUUCGCGAGCACAAUGAAUUCGAUGAUCCAGUUCAUUCAACGGAUCUGCACAAAUUUGAAAACAGCGAAACAGGUUACUUUCGUGACCUGGCUGACAUUUAUGCUAGAUUUGGACUCCACUCCUACAAUUCCCGCAUGGGCACCAACUUCCAGUUGUCAAGAGUAGACAAAUAUAUUAACUAUGGAGUUUUCAGUUAUUCCUUAACCUUUGAGGCCACGAAUCCGGCAGACGGUUCUUGUGUCACUUUCCAGGCGCGUGUUCUUAGAGAUGACAAUGUAAAAGGAUCCUACUACAGAAUAAUGACCGAAGGUUGUAGGAUCACACCUGAAAUUCCAGGUACUAGAGAAAUAAUACAUCGAUGGGAGUUCGAUGCAGAAGUUUACAAAGACACUCUACCUGAGUGGUAUUCGGAUGAUGUAUUGUUGCUCUCCAAUGACCAGUUUUAUCAAGUGCAAGAUUCAGACGUUCUUGAAAACGAUUGGCUUAAUUUGUAUGCCGAAGUUGCAAUGUACACGCUGAAGGAAAACGACAUGUCCUUGUUCGAGUCUUGGCUGCCUCUGGAGAUCAAGAAGGUCGUUGUGCAGACUUUUGAAGAUGUGAAGUCAAAUGAAAAGCUCAAAGCCGGGAAUGCAAUCUUCUACUUCAGUUUCAAGAACUUGAAUGCUCCUCCCCAUGGUCUGUGCCAGGAUCACAGAGUCAUCAUAAGAAGAAGCACUGAUGGGCUUCCAGGACACGUUUGUCUUGACUUCAAGUCUUGCACCGGUCAUAAUAUUUUCAAGGCAAGUUCGGUCUGAGACAUAUAUGUUUGCUGAUCCUAAGUUAAUAAGACGACUCUACUCAGUAUCUAUAAGCUAUGUUUUCAUGACUGAAUAAUCAUCUCCUCUGUUUUUUUUCUUUUGUUUCAGUGUAAUCCAGUACUUAAUAACUUGUCCGUUAUGUCUUUUAAGUUUGUUAUUUGGUUUUCCUCAGUUUUUUUUUCUAUACAAAAAGCGUUGAAUAAUU